AUGCGUUGCGCGACUAUGGGCUGCAAUUCCAGCAAUCUGUCCCCCCUUUCACCAGUUGACCUGCUCUUCCUAGAUGCGUCCGAGCUCCAGACUCGUCUCACGGAGCGAAAGUUAACCAGUGUACAGCUGGUCAAGGCAGGGCUGGAACAAAUCAGACGAGAGAAUCACCAGGGCCUAAAACUGAAUGCGAUUAUUUCAACACCACCUGAGGAAGAGGUGAUAAAACUUGCGGAAGAAUUAGAUCGUGAGCGGGAACAGGGACGUGUCCGCGGUCCUCUCCAUGGAAUCACAAUCAUUGUCAAGGAUGCCAUAGGAAACCAUCCCGAAUUGAAAAUGGCCACUACUUCCGGCUCUUAUGCCCUCAAGACCUCGGUAGUGGCGGGUGACUCGCAGGUGAUUGAAAAGCUUCGUAAAGCCGGUGUGUUAAUUCUUGGAAAAGCAAACCUUACGGAGUUCUGCCAAAUGAAAGGUGACAACAUCACUACCGGCUGGUCCGCCGUGGGUGGGCAGACUACGUCAGCAUAUAUUGAAGGUGGCAUCCGCCAUGAUCAAGGCAGGGGCGGCCCGACUAUGCCCGGAGGGUCAUCCACAGGCUCUGCAGUAGGUGUCUCUGCUGGGUUUAGCCCAAUCGCUCUCGGAACAGAGACAGAUGGAUCCGUCAUCCAGCCAGCAAAUCGAGCCGCCUUGUUUGCGAUCAAGCCCACCCAUGGUAUGGUAUCGUUGGAAGGAGCGUGGCAGCUGUCUACCAGCUUUGAUGUCAUUGGACCAAUGGCUAAAUCAGCAGGUGAUCUGGCUAAUCUUCUCAACGUUAUUGUGAAAAAUGAAACUGCAAACUACCCGGAAUUUUUGACAAAAUCAUUUGCAAAUCUUAGGUUGGGAUUUGUGGAUCCAGAUAUUUGGCGAUUUCCCGAUGCCUACUCUCACCCCAUUGAUGGGGUUCGGGAUCAGAUGAGGACUGCGUAUCUUGACGCAAAGUCGAAGAUCGAAACCCUUGCGAAGAAGGUCGAAUAUCCUAUUUCGAUCGUCUUGCCAGAAGAUCUUAACAUAUCUGGGCAGCCAAGUAUUUCGAAUGUUAUCACAUAUGAAUAUGGCCCCCUCAUUGACUCCUACUUGAAGAAUCUCACUGAAUCAGAGGUUCGCAGUUUGGAUGAGCUCAUCAAGUGGAACGAGGCCCAUCGAGAGCUGGAGCUCCCAGAAGAGUACCCCAGUCAAUCUCGUCUGGUCGCAGCACGGGAUAACGUACCUUCUCUGGAGAAUUACCAGGCUAUUCGAUCACAUCUGAAAAUGGUCACAGAUGAUCUGAGCGCGGUGUAUGAUGCACAUGAUAUAGAUCUCAUCGUUAUCCCUACAGACUCUCCAAUCUGCUCCGUGUCGGCUGCGACUGGGUUCCCAAUUGGCACAAUGCCCCUUGGCUACCUUGACUAUAAUGGCAAGCCCUUUGGCUUGGCGGUCAUGGGCAGGUCUGGCGAUGACGGAUUACUUCUCCAGUUCAUGAGUGCUUUUGAGGCAGCUUUUCCGAAGAGACGAGUGCCACCUCCCCUGCUUGCGAAUCUCGGUGGGGCACCUGAAGAUGAACCUCAGAGCAUGAUAUAA